CCGCACCCACACAGGCACGUACACACACAGGCACGACAGAGCAGCAGCAGCUGGAGAGAGUGUCAGUGUGUGUCAGUGUGUUUGUGAGUGUGAGUGAAAAUCUCUCCGUCGUUGGAGGUGGAAGAGGUGGAGGAAGUGUCUCCGCGGCGGGUCCUCGCGCACGUCCAGAUCCAGGAUUCAAACCCCUCCGCCCGGCCUCUUUUUCUUCUUUUUUUUCCUACGGAAGUGUCUCCGUCGCCGGGCUUCGUCAUGUCUGAGUUCCUGGAGGGUCUGCUCGGGGAGCGGCUCGUCAACAGUGAGAAAGCCGAGGUGGACGUUAGCUCCCUGGGCUCCAGAGUGUCGCUGCUCGGGCUCUUUUUCGGCUGCAGCCUGAACGCACCAUGUCAGCAGUUCAACGGUAGCCUGUGUGAGUUCUACAGCCGCUUCAAGAAGAGCUCCGAGCACCGGGAGCAGCUGGAGGUGGUCUUCAUCUCCUCCGACCAGGAGCAGAAACACUGGCAGGACUUCCUGCAGCAGAUGCCGUGGCCUGCGCUGCCUUUCAAAGAGAGACACAAGAAGAUGAAACUGUGGAACAAGUAUAAGAUCACCAGUAUUCCAUCCCUGGUGUUUGUGGACGCAGCGUCUGGAAAGGUGGUCUGUCGGAACGGUCUGCUGGUAGUCAGAGAUGACCCCAAAGGUCUGGAGUUUCCAUGGGGGCCGAAGCCGUUUGCAGAGGUGGUGACUGGGCCCCUGCUCAGGAACAACAGACAGACCACAGACAGCAGCUCCCUGGAGGGACACUACGUGGGGGUGUACUUCUCAGCUCACUGGUGUCCUCCGUGUCGCAGUUUGACCAGGGUCUUGGUGGAAUCAUAUCGAACUGUGAAAGAGUCGGGACAGAAAUUUGAGAUUGUAUUUGUCAGCGCUGACAGGUCGGAGGACUCUUUUAAACAGUACUUCAGUGAGAUGCCGUGGUUGGCUGUUCCAUAUUCAGAUGAAGCCCGCAGAUCACGACUCAACAGACUCUACGGAAUACAAGGCAUCCCCACACUGAUCCUCUUGGACACGGAGGGUCAUGUGAUCACGCGGCAGGGCCGGGUUGAGGUUCUGAACGACCCGGAGUGUCACCACUUUCCCUGGCAUCCCCGACCAGUUAUGGAGCUCAGCGAGUCCAACGCUGUGCAGCUGCACGAGGGGCCCUGUCUCGUCCUGUUUGUGGAUGCUGAGGAGGAGGGAGAACUGGAACCAGCCAAGGAGCUGAUUCGACCAAUUGCAGAAAAGCUCUUGGCAAAAUACAAAGCCAAAGAGGAGGAGACGCCGCUGCUCUUCUUUGUGGCUGGAGAGGAUGACAUGAGCGACUCUCUGAGAGAUUACACCAACCUGCCAGAGGCAGCGCCACUGCUCACCAUUCUGGACAUGUCGGCUCGUGCCAAGUACGUGCGCGAUGUGGAGGAGAUCACGCCGGCCGUGGUGGAGCAGUUUGUUGGUGACUUCCUAGGUGAGAAGCUCAAACCAGAGCCCAUCUGACCUGGACACCUCCCCACCCCCAGCUCUCCAAAAGAAAAUGAAAGAAAAAAAAGACUUGCCAAUAUUCUGGGAUUCGCUGUCAUUGCACCCUGUAGCUCCGCCCUCUGUGAGCAGCCAAUCAGAGGGGUCCCUUACCUUUACUGACUUCUUUUUUUACACCCCACCCCUCUCUCUCUGGUGCCUUGCAUUGACUUUAGUCCCUACAGUAAUAUAUAAAUGAAGAGUUUCUUUCUGGCCUCGAGAAAUGUAUUUGUAUUUUUUUCACACAGUAGUAUUUCUAAAGAUAAGUAGAAAAACAGAAUUUAGAGAAUUUACCAAACGGACCUGCUAGUCAACACGUCAUUCACCAUUUCAUUCACCCUGUUGUUCACCAUGUGCUUCACCCCGUCGUUCACCUUGUCAUUCACCACAUCAUUCACGUUUAAGUAAGAGGAUUCGAAAACACAUGGUUUCCUGUCACAUGAUAGUGGCGUUGUUUGACCUCUUCUCCAGUCAGCUGUUUCUGGAUUGGGUUUGUUCCUCGUCGAGCGUCACCGUGAGGAUUUCCAGGCACCGUCCUUUGAUCAAAAGGUCAUGUUUUACCUGAGGACACGCUCAUAUUGUGUGACAACGGGAAAAUAUGUUGAAUGUAAAAAAAUUCCUUUUAUUCACUUCUGUCUGACACAUUUACUGAAAAAAGGAAAAUCACUAAAGUUCUACUCCUGUCACUCUGUCAAUAAAGUUUGUGCUUGGAUGUUUAGAAGA